AUGUAUAAGAUGAUGAUGAGAGAUGUAGCUCCAAAGAAUUCGGUAGCGAAAACGUCGUACGCUAAUUCAUAUAUGUGGGAACUGGGAACUCGUAGGGAGUGUGGGAUUGGGAGACGAUGGGAGAGGCGGACAAGGUUGGACGAGUUCAUCUUAUGGUGUCGAAGACGAAUGUUGCGUGAACUCGAAGAUGUUCUGUAUAAUCUACCUCUUAUUAUGUCUUUCUCUCGUUUGCCUCUUGACCUCCUUUAUCCCCUUUAG